AUGCGACACUACCGCUGGGCUCUACUCGCCAUACCCCCCGCUCCCACUCUGAUCCUCUCGGCUCCGCGCGCCCACGCUGUUAUGGCUUCCGCCUCCGGUCCGUCACCGUCAACGUCAGCGGUUGCUGAUCCGUCAAAGUUCGGCUACCGGUCGACGGCGGAAGAUGUGACGGCGGGCGUCGAUUUGAGCGGCAAAGUGGCAAUCGUAAUGGCACUCGCGAAUUCCCCUUCCCGCGCGAACCUCGUCCUCGUGCCAAUGUUCUCCCCACGCGCGCAUGUCGCCCCUCUCUCUUUCCGCCGCGCUAAUUUCUUCUUCCUCCCCCUCUCCCGACACCCUUGUGGCGCGAAUUUCCUCCCCCCAGGCGGCAGCAGCGGCAUCGGCACGGAGGCGGCGCGGGUGCUGGCGCUGCGAGGCGCGUCCGUGGUGCCCGCGGUGCGGAACACGGAGGCGGGGGAGGCCGCCAAAGCCGCCAUCAUCAAGGACAUCGAGGGGCAGAGCGCAGCGGCGGCGGGGGUUCCGGCGGCGGUGCGCGAGCGCGUGAGCGUGAUGCCGCUGGAUUUGGCGUCGCUCAAGUCGGUGCGCGCGUUCGCCGCGGAUUACUUGGGCCUUAACCGCCCGCUGCACCUCCUCAUGUACGCGCGGAGAUGGAAGGGGUGCGGGGGGGAGGGGAGGGGGCGAGGGAGGGGGAGGGGCAACAAUGCGAGCGUGAUGAUAUGCCCGUUCAUGCUCACUGCGGCCGGCCAUGAGAACCAGUUCGGCACCAAUCACGUGGGUGAGUGCAGGGAGGCAACCACGUGGGCUGAUCGCACCACACCUCCACUGCCUCCCUCUCCCCCUUUCUUCCGUCCCUCCGCCCCCCCUCCCCCUCUCUUCCCUUUCACCCUCUUCCCCCCUUCCCCUGCACACACCCCCCACCCAAUUGCAUCGCACGUCGUACCCCCUUUAGGCCACUUCCUGUUGACCAACCUGCUGCUGCCGAAGCUCAAGGAAACUGCCAAGCAGGAGGGCGCAGAGGCGCGCAUCGUGAUCGUGUCCUCCGCCGCGCACCAGUUCCCGUACCCGGGCGGCAUCCGCUUUGACGCCAUCAACGCCAAGGAGGGGUACGACUCGGUGAGGGCGUACGGGCAGUCCAAGCUCGCUAAUAUCCUGCACGCACGGGAGCUCGCACGGCGGCUCAAGGUGCAUGGCUGUAUGACUGUAAAUGCUCUGUACCCAUGGGUGAUUGAUCCUUCAACAAUGGAAAAACCCCCUGCUUCCCUCGCCAACACCCUCCAUCACCCUCCCUCCUCCCCUCUCUCCCCUUCCCUUCUCUCCCUUGAUUCAUGCGAGCAGGAGGAGGGUGCAGGAGUGACAGUGAACGCGCUGCACCCGGGGGUGAUUGACACCAACCUCUCACGUCACAUUGUGCCACCAGGGACCAUCUGGCACACCCUCGGACGGGGAGCGUACAGCCUGGUGUUCCAGUGGUUCAUGAAGACCAUUCCUCAGGUACCCUCCACCUCCACCUACUUUAUACCUCGCCUCACUGCACUUUGCCGUACAUUACCUUAG